CACCAAAUUGGACGUGCUGGACGAGAAUAAUAAGGCUGUCGCCUCUUCUAGGGUUCAUCUGCGUCCCGCCCCCAGAAGUCCAGGAGCCCUCCAAAAGUCCACGCCCAAAGCCAUCCAGUCAAAAAGGAGGAAUCUCCAAAUCCGUAUCCAGCUCUCGAUUUUGUUCUCCAUGGCCGAUGAGGAACUUGUUGACCCAAAGAAGUAUCUUGAGGAACGUUGCCAGCCUAGAUGUGUAAAAGCUUUAUAUGAAUAUCGGGAGUGUGUCAAGAGGAUCCAAGAUGAUGAAACCGGGCACAAGCACUGCACUGGUCAAUACUUUGACUAUUGGAAAUGCGUUGAUCAAUGCGUUGCAGAGAAGCUUUUUGAUAAACUAAAAUGAUAGAGGGAAGCUACUUUCGGUGGAUGAUGUACUUUGUGCUCCUUAUUUGUUUAUCAACCUCCAAUAAAUUCAUCUCUUGGCCAUCACAUGCCUAAACUAUGCAUGCUUGUUUGGUUUAUUCUUCCUCCAAAUUUUGCUCAAGUGGCUAUUUGUCGGUAAUUUUAUGAUGUCCCUAUGUUAAGCUGCUUAGAUGU